UAGGACUGGGCACUAGCAGUCGACAUCCAACAAACCUUCGAGUCAGUUUGUUGGAGCCGGUCUUCGUGAUCUUAGUAAAGAAAUCCACAGCUGCAUUGCGUGUUUUCAUACACUUGUUUUCAACCCAGUCACUUAUAAUUUAGCAAAACUAUCUGUGCUGUUACAGUAUACCUUCGUAGAAACAGAGACUGAUGGCAAAGAUGUCUUGUUGACCCAUCACCCAUCAAGAUGGAAAGUUCAGAAUGGUUAUCUUGUGGAUCUUACCUUGGAAAAAUUCUUCACAGUGUGGUAGAGAACUCAUUGAUAAAAGGAAGAUCCAACAACAAUUCAAAAAGUUUGACUGGUUAUAAGGAAUUGUUUGCUUCCACAAUAACUGCUUCGGAUCUCCGAAUCAAUACAGAUCCUUCCUACUUUACCACCCUUGCCUUUGUACGCAAACUUAUUCGUAGGGAACAAGAUGCUGCUGCCAAGAAAGGAUAUAAUCUGACUAAGGUGCUCACGAGUUCUAAUUUAGACUUUGAAAAUGAAGAAAAAUCUACUGAUGAAAUCCAGAAAAAUCAACUAGUUCCUCAGGUUGUUGUAAUAAGUCUACGAAGCAUAUUUGAUCUGAUAGAAGAAAGCAAGUCAUCACAUCCUGAAUUAUGUUUCAAAGUGUUGAAAGCUCUUCUGGGCAUUUUGCAAAAUCUUUCCCCGGAAAGCUUGAGUUCCGAGCCAUGUCAAGUUGUCGAACCCCUGUUUGAACUGCUUCUCAAAUUAUCAACCGUGGUAGAUGCCGAAAAUGACCGCACUAUUCCGGCAGAAACGGAAGGAAUAGAAGGAAGCUUGUCAUCUUUAGCUUCGUCGUGUCUUCUUAGUUUAACUGUCGCCUGGGGUGUGACUCCUAAAACAUUGCAAGCACUUGACACCCUCAUUACGGUUGCCCGCCCACUGGCCGCACAGUUAAUUACACUACCUAAUAUAAUGCUGACGCUGCAAAAAGGAGUGCGUUCCGCCUUGGUAGGCACUUCGCAUAUACCAGACUGGUUUAGCCAGGGGAUUCAAAAGAAAACACUUGUAACUUCUUUUUCUGUGAAUGCGGAUAAAGAUGUAAUCGAGAACUCGAUAGCGUGUGACGGAUCCUACGUUUAUCUGCUAACCUCCAACGGACUAUAUAAAAUUGGAACAGGUUUCGGCAGCACUGUCAGCGGCCGCAUUUAUGUCACCAGCAAAAAAAGCUUCACAAGUAGUGAAGGGAUUUUACUUUUCUUCGACGGCCAACUGUUUAUUCAUACCAUCAAAAAUGAUCGAAAUCUUCAUAUAGUCGAUAAAGAAACUUUGGCCCUGAAAAGUUACAUAUCUCUACAAGAUGUUGUCAGCACACCUUCUGUAUUAUUUUCUGACGGAAAACGUCUCGGGAGCGUCUUCAAAACUGAUGAAGAUGAACUUCAGGCUUCAUUGUUUGAAAUCAAUAAAGGAGAAUUGUUUUCAUCCGGAGAGAGUAGACUGAGGUUAGCUCUUCAGAGUCUCUACGUUGUGGGAGCUUCAACAAAUGACGAAAACAGUGAUCUGCGUCAAAUCAGUUUUCCUGCGGAUGAGGGGCUUGUUAGCAUUAUAGCUGGAAAGGAAUUCCUCCUCAUGGUUUCAACAACAGGAAAAGUGUCUUAUCAAGGCAAAGCCUCAUCAUUGGGAUUAAAAAGUGGGGAAUCAGUGCGCAACAUAGAACAUACGUCGAACCGUUGGUAUGAGCUUCCUAUUCCUAAAAGCUCAUCAAUUGUUCGCUGCGCCGCUGGCCAUGAUGGGCAGCAUGCUGUUUUUUUAGAUGCUGAUGGUGUUCCAUUUUUCACUGGAUUGGCCAAACGGGGUGAAGACGGCGAUUUAACUAAACAUCGAAGACAGCAAAAAUCGAGUCGACCAAAACGCUUUACGUCCGUCGAAGGGAAACCAGUGAUUGAUAUUGCGUGCAACAAUGGCAGCUCUGCUAUGGUCACAAAAGACGGCGAACUUUACCUGUUUGGCAAGGACUCCACGUACUGCGAUUCAGCUACAGGACGGCUGCUGGGCAUCAAAGAGCGCAUUGUCAAAGUAGCGCUGGGAAAAGCUCAUGGAGUCAUUCUUACUGACAAAGGAGGUGUUUAUACUUUCGGGAUAAAUAACAAAGGACAGUGCGGACGCGAUUUGUCUUCAUCAUCCGUGCCACAAUCUAAACAGUUUGGAAACACUGCUAGCUUACAAGCAGCAGCUUUGUUGGCUGGCUGCAAAGAACCGCUGGACGAUGAAGUGGAAUCAGAAGAUAGUGGUUCAGCUAUCGAAACGAAGUUAUGUGCGCCGGAAGAACAUCGCUGGAGCGUGGAUCAGUGCAUGAUCUGCACACAAUGUGGCCAAUGCACGGGUUUCGGAUCUACGUGCGUCAACACGAACAGCCCGGGUAGAUUACCUGGAACAUUUUGCGGGUGUGGCUCUGGCGAAGCUGGUUGUACCGUAUGUGGAGUUUGUCGAACGUGCGCACGAAUUCCGAAUAACGAUGCUAUAGGUUUGCCACCCGCCCCUGUUCCUAUCCUUUCUUUGGCGUGCGGGAGAGCCAGUCCCAUGGCAGGUAACAAUGCUUUGCUAAUGGGUCGUUUCGUUCGCGCGCCCCUUGAAGCAUUUCCCAAUGCUGCACUGGUGGAUGUAGCCAAUUUCCAUGCUCCAAGGAUUGAUGGAAGAGGAAAUGAUGAUCCGAAAAUGCGUGAUGCAAUAAUAGGUGAGAUAUCAUUGAAUGCCGACGUUGCCCUUGAUGGAAAUCGUCGCCAUCGACAUCAUCGGCGGCGUCAUCCUUCGGAAGUCAAAGUGGCCAUGGUCAAUCGUGAAGCCUCAAGGGGCUGGGAGGCUAAGAAAGUACCUGCCGGCCAGAUACAGAAGAAUGGCACGGACGGGGUAUUAGGAAGCGAUGGCGACCGUGAUACUAAUAAACUAGCUUCACUCUCGCCUGGCUCAAUUAGUUUGCCCAGCAAAGCACGCAUAUCUCAAGUUGCUUGCGGAUUGCACCAUUCAGUCCUUUUGACAACUGAUGGGCAGGUAUACACUUUCGGCAGCAACAGUUAUGGGCAAUUGGGUGUUGGAGACCUUUCUUCGCGGGGUUCGCCGACGCUAGUGAAAAUUCCGUCUGGAUCAAAUAUUUCCAUGAUAGCUGCUGGGAGUUAUCAUACAGCCGUAUUGACGAGUGACGGCGAUGUGCUCACUUGGGGAGCGCAUUUGAAGGGGCAGUUGGCGAGGGAUGCGUCGGAUUCGAAUCAGUGCAGCGCUUCGCCAAUCAUUUGGCAUUCCAUACCAGGUUUCGUCACCCGAAUCGGACCCAAAUGCGGGAAGAGGGCGUCCUGGAUUGGGGCAUCAGGAGACCAGACCUUUUUCAAGCUAGAAGAAAGUCUUAUCAGCGAAACCGAGUUCCAUCAUUCAACAGUCUUAGCCUCGGAUCAAUAUUUUGCCAUUUUGCCCACACACUCAAAGUCGUCGUCACGCAACUUAGUCAUCAGCAGAAGUGAUGGGCAAUGCCGUAGCUUUUCUGGACAGGAGCAAGUCAAUUUUGCCAACACCAUUCUCACUUGGGACCCGGUGUAUAACAUGCUAUGGAGUUUCUGCAAAUCGACGUCGGUAAUGCGAGGUUACAACGUGUUUGCAUCGGGACUUACCCAUCCGUCCUACGGCGAGUCCUUGUUUCCAGUGCUGAAUGAACGUGAACCAGUUCAUGUUGCUGACAUAUUUCGACCCGCACUUUCCCUGCCAGUGGUUUCUUCUACAAAAAUAACGCAGACACAAGCUGCGCUUCACCUGCUUUGCUGCCUCGAUACUCUAACGCGCUGCCAGCAAAUCCCUGUUAAGGAAGCAGCGAACCAGGACACGCAAAAAACGCUGGUCAACCGCUGUUACACUAAAGAAGAUUUUUCAGUGGUCAAUCGAUUUGAAAGCCAUGGAGGGGGUUGGGGCUACUCGGGCCACUCAGUUGAAGCUAUCCGGUUUAUGUCCGAUACCGACAUUCUUCUUGGUGGAUUCUCCCUGUUUGGGGGUCGCGGUGAAUAUAUGGGCAAAAUUAAAGUUUUCGAUUUGGGAUCAGCUGGGGGCGAUCAAGAAGGGGACGGUGAAUUGCUUGCAGAAACCGAUGAAGUCGUAUACGAAUGUGGAGCUCGUCAACGUUUUCCUAUUCUGUUUUCCCAGCCAGUCCGUCUGCAAGCCAAUCGUUGGUACCUUGCAUGGGCCCGUGUCAAUGGACCUUCUAGCGAUUGCGGAUCCGGUGGUCAAAGCUCAGUUACCACUGAAGACCAAGUGACUUUCACAUUUAAACCUUCAAAGAAAUCAAACAAUGGGACAGACGUGAAUGCUGGCCAAGUGCCUCAAAUCCUGUUUCGCGUCAUUACUCACGAUGCCCCGUCAUCGAAGACGCAUACUCAUAUUGAACCUGUGCAUUCCAUUAGCAACAACUUCUCUAAACUAGUCACUCCGGAUUGCUUUACGGCCUUGCUCAGUUUGACUCGGUGGGCCUGGUCAGCGUUAAAGGCGAUAACAACAAUUGGCCUAAGUGAGCAUGAAGCGAACAAUAAAGGAGACCAUGCUCAUAUUGAGGACCUCUCGCGCAUCGUAUUCGUUUGCCGUGCUUCGAUGCGGCUUAUUCGCUUUUACAUUCUCGAGUUAUAUCCGGUGAAAAGUAAACAUUCCAAAAAACUGUUGGAGGAGAAUGUCUCUGUCGUCAAAGCAAUUGUUAACGUGCGUACCACUUUGAGGUCGAUACUCAGUGACCCUGUUCUCGACUUAGUUAACAAAACAGAUUCUACGUAUUUAUUCAUGUUGGAGCAAAUUGUUAAAGAAACCCACGAUUCUUUUGUAGCUUGUUUUCACGUCUUCUACCCAACAGCAACGUUAAAAUGGUCCAUCCUGUGCGAAUUGCUUGACCAAAUCCAAAAAGUUGCUAACGCUACCUCUGGCAGUGAUAGGCUAUUGGCUGCGGUAGUAGAUUCGUUGUGUAGCCCCAAUAUACAGCUUAAAUCUGCUCUACCUAACUUGUGCGAUUUGCAAGAGUCGCUUCAUGUACGGCGAGCGUACCAAUCCCCUGAUAUGGAAGGUGCCCCCUGCCUCAGCAGUCCGUCGGAAAAUGGAUCAACCAGCCCAACUCAGCUUCCGGUGAACUCCAACCAAUUUCCAGUUCUUGUUGAACACAUGGUAGAGGGUCAAUCUGUCGUGCACCGGCCUUGUCGGGCAGUUCUGGAUCGAUUAUUUCUAAUAGCCUCCUGGCCAGUGCGUCAAUCGCUCGAUAUGGAACCUACCGUCUGGUCGGACAAGCUAGUCCAGUAUUCAUGUCGACUCUUGGCGCGUGUUGUGGCGGAAUUGGCUUCCCAAGUGUGUUCGGUUGAAGAGUUAGAUGUUAGUGCAACGCGCGGAGUCCACGCUACUCCAUCCCGUUUCUCAAGCACCAGUCAGAAUAGGUCAUGGAACACGGGUAAUGGUUCACCGGACGCCAUUUGCUUUACUGUAGACCGACCAAACGUAAGCGUGUGCGGUGCAGGAGUGUUUGGCGGUGGAGGCACGUAUACGUACGAACUGGAGUUGCUCGAACUGAUCCGAAGUGCCAGUGAUGCUGCUCAAACACUCAGCUGGCAUAGUUUGGCUGUAAUACGCGGCACCUAUGGACCAGAAGAUUGCAUAAAUGAUGUUGCAGAUAUCAAAUUUGACCGGCCUAUUCCCAUCAAAGAAAACACCCGUUAUACGUUGCGACUUCGCAACCAAGGAGGAAAGACGCACAAUGGUGAUGGAGGCGUUCUCGCAACUAAAGGGCCGGAUGGCACCACUUUCAAUUUCUCGGCGUGCCUACUCAGUUUUAAUGGAACGAAUCACAUUCGUGGCCAGUUACCUUACAUUCUCUAUUGCAACAUGCCAAAUAACUCAGAAGUUCAGUUACCCACCUUAUCAGCCAUUGGAAGCCAAGCACGGAAAAGCCUCAUGUCUAUAGCAAGUUCGAUUGUUCGUUGCACAGCUGAUUUGUUGUGCGCAGCUCGUGCGUUACCCAUCCAUCACAGUCUACCCGUUAUUUGCAAAUCCCACGUCGUUUCGUAUUUGUUGCCCUUUGUCGUAGCCAACAUUGGUGUUGUGGCCGAAUCCGAUCCAAAGAAUGCCGUACAAAUUCUUGAGCUGAUUCGAGUCUUGCUGCCCCACGUUUCUGCCCUUUGCUUGGCCGAUAUUCUGUCGUCCCAAAAGGGAGGAAAUGCUCCCGACGAAGACCCUUGUAUAACAACAUCGCCAAGAAUAGUUGUCGUCGAGAGCGAACAUCCUUAUCGACCCGCAACAGUGUCUCAUUUCCGCGUGUGUUUUCCGGAGAGCGUUCGUUGGAUGUGCUUGGAAUUUGACAGUCAGUGUUGCACCAGCCAAGCCGAAGAUUCGCUUCAACUCCAUUUACCAACUACUCUUCCUAAGAGUCAUGCAAAUGUUUCACUGGCCGACUAUUGGCCCGUUUUGAAAAAAUUCGGGGGAACUGAUAAUUGGCCCUCUCAUUCCAUGAUCUUGCCAGGCAAUGAAGUGAUAUUUUCCCUGGAGACAGCGUCGGAUUGCAUCCGUAAUGACAAAGCUUCUUCUUGGGGCUUUCGCUGUUCGGUAGUUGGAUACGAGUCAUUGGAGACAAAUAAUGCCAUUCGUUUAUUAGAAACUGAAUUAGCAUACCUUGGCGGGAUGUGCUCGGCUACCCUAAUGAAAAGAGAUCUCGCAUUACCUCAGUCAAGAGGCGAAGACAUGGACGUCGAGUCCAUGGAAUAUGUUACACAACAAAUCUACGCAGCGCAUAGCGGUCUCUUAGGCAAAGGGUUGGCCCUCUCGCAGUUGCCAACCAUCUACGAAGCACUGGAAGGCAACCUACCUUUUAGUGUUACCGGAAAAGAAAGGCAAUUUCUGCGGGAUUUUGUGAGCGUUUCGCAGGAAACCAGUGGUGGUCGGUUAGCCCGUUGGCUCCAGCCGGAGUCGGUUGUCGAUCCAUCCAAAUCGCAACUUAUCUUUCCAGGCGUCUUCUCGGCCAGCUUGGCUACAUUUGGAGUUUCCAGUAGUGCUCCUCUUGGAAUUGUGGGUUUCAAAUCACCCGUUAAGACCAUUGAUAAAGAUGAAGAAGAUGAAGAAAGUACCUCUGAAAUUUCGGCAGUGGCGCCAUCCACAACGACAGUAGUUAGUGAAGGGUUACGCGCCGGAUGGCCUGCAAUUUUAACUUUACUUACCCGAGAUCAAUACGGUCAUCUUGUUCACGUGCCCAAUCUAAAGGUAAACAUUCGGGCGGUACCAUGUGACCUGAGCCAGGCAAGCAAAGAUAACUCACUGUCACCUACCAAGCGUCUCAAUCCAGGGGACAGGAAAGCUGCUGGUGAAGAACUCGAGCCCCCUGUUCUUGACGUACCCUAUGAUGUUACCACCAAAGAUCGGAUGUGCCUUCAUGCCAUCACUUUCCUUAAAGCGUACGAGAAUUACUCCUUCGAGGAACUACGGUUUGUCUCCCCGAUCAAACGAAGAACCAGUGAGACGAUGUUGGUCCGUCCCAAUGCCGAUGGUUCUUACAGUGCAAAUUGGACACCCAGUGCUGCCGGACUCUAUUCCAUCCAUGUUACCAUUGACGAUUACCCACUGGAAGAUGUUUACAAGGUAGACGUAAAGGAGCCACCGCAAGGAGUACUGCCUCCGACUCACAAUAUCACAGUUCGAAACAACUCUUCGUCGUCCCAUCGCGUUCGUCAGUUUCGAACUCGGGCUAGCGCUGGCCUGCGCAUACGAGCCCAGCCUUCUCUUCAAGGGGAGCAAAUUGGAAUUGUAGCCUGCAAUGGGACAGUCUCGUUCAUCGAAGAGCUGUGUAAUGACGACGGAACUUGGUUGCGCUUGAGCACGGAGUCGAUUAGAGAAUGGUGUAUCAAUCAACAUUCCGAAGCUUGGUGUCUCCAGUACAACCAGCACAUUGGCAAAACCCUGCUUUUCCCCAUUAAUACAACCCAGAAUGGAACAAAUGAAACUGGCGAAGACCUAUCGCCAAAUCAAAAACCGAAUAAAAUGGAGAGCAAUAAAAAAGAGGAAAUAGUAUACAGCACGGCGCAAACCUUCUACGUGGUCGACUGUGGUGCUUCCGGCCAUAACAUCCGAGCACAGCCCAGUUUGAAAGCUCUGCCUGUCGGAAAGUUGAAACUCGGUAGCUCAGUUUUAGUUACCGAACAGAGACCGACUGCCGAGGGAACAUGGAUCAAGCUCUUACCAUCAUCAGCACGCCAGUACUGUUCGAAUAACGAUCUUGAAGCUUGGUCAUUGGCUAUUGAUCGUCAUCAAAUAGUUUACCUUCGUCAUGAAGACGAAGUCCUUUCAGUUUCAGCUGGCUCGGAUAAAUAUAGUCCCACACGAUUACUCAAACCAGCGUAUGAUUUCAGCGAGAGUGCAGAGAAGCAGGCCAAUCUGUCAGCCUUUUCCUCUCCAGAACCCGUUAGCACUUUCAUUUUUGGAAUCGAUAAAGAUCCUGACUUUCCUCGCACUACUUUGCCCGUGUCUCCGCCGAAAAAUGAGAUCGGCCAAACGCCAAAGGAUGAUGCACCCGAACCAACAGCAACAGGGCACACCGUUCAGAAAUCAUCGUUGGAGUCUAGUAUUGAAGAUGCGAGAGCUUUAGCAGGAUCUUGCGGUCCUUUUGCAGCUGUUGCCGUUGGACGACUCUCUGCUUUCCAAAACUGGUUACGGCGGGACGGGUCAUCGGUUAAGGAGGCGCCUAAUCCACCACCGCGUUCCAGGGACCUUCCUCCGGAAUUACAAGGAGUAUCGGUGAAAGACAUGGUUCGCGUUAUGGGCGAGAGUCGAGCCAAUGGCAAUUCAUCGCCUACAUCUAGCCCAAUCCUUAGUCGGAAAACGGGCGCCGUUGCUGUAGUAAAUCGCUCUCUAUCAGCUCACUCCUCACCAGGUGGUUCUAGACCUUCCGGAUCCGCUAUCUGUUCAGAAACUGCGCAACGUAGUAGGAGUUUGAGUCCCGCCACCCAAAUACCAAUAAGCUCAGAUCAAGUUGCUGUCGCAGUUAUGACUAAGAAGGUUACACAAACAGGGACGCAGACAAGUCCGGAAGCCAGCAAAACCAAUCAUUUUAAUGCGUGUGCUGAUUUAGUAUCUGACUUACCCCACUCACCUCAGCGCAUGUCACCGAAAGCAUUACGAGCGAAAGAGCGAUCGUCGCGAGGCGGAACAAGGAGUCGUAAAUCACGAUCACCGGCUACCGGUCAGCACAUAACUGGACGAUCGCUGAUGCUGGAACAAGAAACUGCUCGUGUUGGCAUGAGUCCUUCGACAGCCGAAUGCCUCCGUGCCGUUUUCGCUGCUAAUUUGUGGCAUCAAGGAUUGGUUCACGAUGCGAUGGUUUGCGCAUCUUUCCUCAAAUUUCAUCCCAAUUUACCCAAGCAAGUGGAUCCAAUCAUGCCACCAGGGGCAGACACUGGACACCGCAAGACGCGAGAGGAGAAAGCCCGCCAACGGCAUUCAGUUGAAAUAUUUUCAACUAACAUACUGGCGGGAUCUUUUGCCUCUCCCUUGCCGGUGGCGCUAGAAGAGAGUUGGAACACCGAUCGAGUGGAAUCGACCACCAGCCAGCCACUGGAACCUGACAUGUCUGAAAGCAAAAUGGCUGCCUCGCUGACACCAACCUUAAGCCUCCUGGUCGAACUUUGGGAAAAGAUGAGCGCACGCUGCAUGGAAUUGAUUCAGUCAGAGCCAGCCACGUUAUCUUCUGUUCCGUGUCUUCCCCAAUCACAGACAGAGAGCGUGGUUAAGUGUAAACCGAAAACAGAGAGCCGGGAUGCCCGGGAUAAAGAAAGGAAACGAAAAUCGCGGAGAGAGAGCAUCCGGAAUCCGGAAUCUAACUGUGAACUAUGUGGCGGCCUGUUUCCUGUCCCCGUCACAGCUCACAUGCGUCAAGCUCAUCCGGGUUGUCAAAAGCCAGCGCUUGGCUUGGGCUACAACCCCGAUGGACAGUAUUGUGGAGGCUGGGUAGGGAACUGUGGUGAAGGCGGUAUACAGGGAAGUUCGUGGUAUUUGCUGUGCGAGGAUUGUAGACAUCGCUACCUGCAACAGCGGAAGCAAGUGGGUGAAGCGUUUGGCAUCAAAGAUGACAAAGGGAAGCGAUUAAGAAGAAAGAUAUCUUCUGCCACAACCCCUACGCCGGCAUCCCAACUUCUACGGCCGUCGACACCAUCGGAGACGCACGUGAUCCUCAGAGACAACGCUUUUUUCCUGUUGCAAUUAGCUACCUCGUCUAACCCUGAAAAAAAUCAACAUAUCCUGGAACGAAGAAGGAGGAGUCUCAUGCAUCAACCGUUACUUAGCUCAGUCUCCGAAAGCGAUAAGGAUUUGCCACAUCGCAAAAUCUCAGCCUUACCGACUAAGACCGGGUACCAAGCGUCGGGUGAUGUUUUGCCGUGGCUCCAGUUUCAAUGUCUCCCCGUUCUCAAAUCGGGGUGCAGCCCCCACCUACCCACCAGUGAAAACAACUUUGGAGAUGGAGAAAUAGAAAUGGAUCCUUUCCGAGGAUUGAAGGAAGUUUCUGAUGGUUUCGGAAGGCAGCUACAUCGAUCGGUCUCUAUGAUUACACAGCCGCUCGCCCAACACUUGAGAACAUCGCAAGACACGGACGGUCCAAUAAGCGGAGUAUCGCAGCGGAGGCGAACGAGCAGCGCCGAUGAGCAAGGAAUCAAUGGCGGCUUGACCUUGUUACGUUCGCCCUCGAAGGCACUGCAAGACACUGUGAAAUUAAUGUCAGCCUCACCUAGCCAAACGUCAACGGAAGCAACACUGCCGGUUUUAGAUUUCGUUGCUCAGCGUCACGAUCUUGAUGCUCUGCGGACUUCCAUGGAGCUGGCACUGCGGAAAGCUUCUUGUCGAGUCUUCGCCAUGGAGAACUUGUCUUGGCUACUACAAAAUGUUGCCCAGCCCAUGUGCCUACAUGACCUCUUAUGGUGGUUUGUGUCAUCCCUUGCCCCGACCUUGGCAUCCGAAGUGAGCAACAAUAAAGGCGAGAUGGUUGGAGCUGACGGAGCGACCAACAGGGACAAUCUGGUUGGUCAGCAUCCCACUUCAGAUGUCCGUUUAGCAGGAGAAGGAUUAUCUCCAUUACUGCAGUCGUUCCACAGUGUCUUACAAACAGUUUCCAACCUUAUGCAACUACUCCCCAUGGGUACUCCGUUGCUCGCCAUGGCGGUCCGCUGUUGGGAUAUUCGGUUCAAGCAAACAGACCACGCGUUUCUCCACAAGAGUCACGUAUUUAGCAACAUCAGCCGAAUUCUUUCUCGUUGCGAAGAGGAAGUCGCUGUCGAUAUCGAAGCUUUGGAAAAUAGUGCAGUGCAUUCGCCAGGACACGUGACCAUGUUAACGGAGGUAACAGAAGGCGUAGACAUCAAAGUGUCCAGCCGGACAGCUAUGGUCAACAGCUUGACAGAUGGCUCGACCGAAACCUUCUGGGAAUCUAGCGACGAAGAUCGAGGCAAAAUGAAGCUAAUAACAAUCCAGAUUUGUCCUGAAGCGGCUGGAUUUCCACCUCGUAUCGUAUGCGUUUAUAUAGAUAAUGGUCGAGAUAUGGGGAACAAAGUUUCUGGGGUGACUUUCAAAGCGGGACCCAACGCGGAGGAGCUGCAAAUUGUGGACGCCCUGGAAGUCGAAACCCGAUUUUCUGGAUGGCUUCAAAGUUCUCUGCCCUGUACCAAUUUCCAAAUCAUCCAGCUUGAGUUUAAAGGGCCGGAUAAUUCCUUACGUGUUCGCCAAUUGCGUUUGCUCGGUGGAGGCAUUACUCGAUCCUUCAAUGCCUCAGCCAUCCACCAACGUACCUGCGAAACGGAAACACUCAGAGUAUUCCGUUUAUUAACCUCACAGGUAUUUGGCCGAUUGAUUUUGAACGAAAGAGACGAAUCAACGUCACGUUCCACUGAGCUUUUACCCAAUGAGGACGAGGUAGACGGGGAAAUAGUUGAGAGGACUCGGGAUAUCGAUCUGAAAGAGCAUAUGGUUGGAAUAUUGUUCAGUGGCAAGAAGUUGACUCAUUUGCAACGCCAAGUAUGUACUCAUAUUCUACAUGGCAUUCAACGCGAAACAGUUCGACUGAAAGACGAAUGGGAGGCUUUACUGCAACUGGACCAGAAUGAUAUUUCUGGCACUGAUGCCACAAGUCAGGAAGCCUCCUACAUCAAUUCUCGUGUUUCCGAUUCCUACUGCUUCGAACUGUUAUCACAGGUACUGGCCUUGAGCGGAAGCAGAGUGGGUCGAACUUACAUUUCACAACAUUCCACUUUGCCUGCCAAUUUGUUGAGCCUGCUCCAUACCGGCUCACCUAGAAUACAACGACAGGUAACCGCUCUUCUACGACGAAUGCUGCCCGAACUUCCUCCGCCUGUCUUUGCCUCCCUGGUUGACGUCGACGUAUUACCUACUACAGAUUACGGUAUCUUGCAGAUUCUCAGUUCGUCUGGAUCGCUUGAAAGGGUUGGAAUUUUGGACGUAUUCCUGGCAUGUAUCGCCAAAGCGCUCACAGUACAAGUUAAAACCAAGGGACGUGACAAGGACUGUAGUAAAAAUCCCAUCAUGUCUGUGACGAUGGCUAGCAUUUUCAACAACCAACAGCAACCACAUAAGCAACUUGGAUCACGUUGGUGGAUGAAAGGCCAUAUGCCUCGUCGCGUAGCGGAAAGCAUCAUCCAACUUGUCAGGGAUAUGGCUUCGGGCAGUUUGUCUGAAGUAUGGUCGGCCGUAACUAAAGCAGGUAUCGCAGAAGCUGUUCUUUCACUUACCAAAUUAGAAGAAGAUUGCCGCACACCGCCGGAUUGCCUGGGAACACCAUCAGUGUGGUUGACAUUGGCUGCCCUUUGCCUACUGCAAGACGAGCAUGUAGAACGUCUCUCGUCAACGCAAUGGGCUCGUGGAGCAGUUAACAAGCCUCAGUGCAAUAACCACGACGAUGGAGAAACAGGUGCACAAAUUGUUUGUUGUGAUUGCGGACCGCUUUGCGUCGAUUGUGAUCGUGUCUUACAUCUUUCCCGGAAGUUCCGAUCUCACCAGCGACAAGUGUGCAAAGAAGAAGAAGAAGCUAUCAAGGUUGACGUUCACGAAGGUUGUGGCCGGGUCAAACUCUUUUGGAUUCUAGCUCUAUCUGACGCCCGGAAUCUAAAAUCUUUGGUUGAAUUCCGACACGGAGUGACAACUGCUGUUCCGUCCGUUUACAUGGCUGCAAACACAAACCAAGGUGGAAACUAUCAAUGCUCUUUGGUAGGCGGAAUUGUUGCGUCUUCCUCAUGUCGCUACUGUGGUUCGGCCAUAUCCCCGUCAUCAUCCUCGUUAUUUGACGAUCAAACAAUCAAUGUCUGCAAUGAACCGGACUGCAUGGAAUAUUCUCGAAAUGCUUGCCUAAAAACUCACAGUUGUGGCCAUCCUUGUGGAGGAGUUCGCGAUGAAACGCAAUGUCUUCCUUGUUUGUACCGCUGUGCUGGUAAUGCGGCAAAUCUGAAACAAGAUGCCGAUGAUAUGUGUAUGAUAUGCUUCACUGAAGCUCUAUCUGCGGCGCCAGCUAUACAGCUGACUUGCAAACACGUUUUCCAUGCCCAUUGCUGUCGUUCAGUGCUAUCCAAGAAAUGGCCUGGUCCACGCAUCACAUUCAGCUUUUCUCGUUGCCCAAUUUGCAAGGCAGAACUAGGCAAUGAAUUUCUAGAUGAUUUAUUACUUCCAAUCCGUGAGCUGUUUGAUGAUGUUAAACGUAAAGCGUUGAUGCGGCUCGAGUACGAAGGGCUACUUCAGACAGAGGCUAUCACAAUGCCUGGGAAUCGUUUCUACCAGGAUGCCGAAGGAUACGCCAUGGAACGUUACGCAUACUAUGUUUGUUUCCGAUGCAACAAGGCCUACUACGGCGGAGAGGCUCGUUGCGAAGAAGGAUUGGCGGUUGAAGGGGGAGCUAUUGGUGGCGAAUCUUUCAAUCCUUCUGAACUGGUGUGCGGCGGCUGUAGCGAUGUUUCAAGAGCGCAAAUGUGUCCUCGACACGGCGCAGAUUACCUAGAGUAUAAAUGCCGUUACUGCUGCUCAGUGGCUGUCUUUUUCUGCUUUGGUACAACCCAUUUUUGCAAUGCGUGCCACGAAGAUUUUCGCCAUGUUACGGAAAUGCCUAAACACGCUCUACCAAAAUGCCCCGCAGGACCACGGGGUCGUCAGUUAGACGGGGAAGAAUGCCCACUACAUUUGGUGCACCCACCAACUGGAGAAGAAUUUGCUCUUGGUUGUGGCAUGUGUCGAAACGCCCAUACAUUUUAAGCUGAACUACCUCAGACAGCCAUUCUCUGAAGGAAUCUCUCUGUACCACAUCAUAUUAUCGGUGUGCGUUCGACGCAUACAAAAUUCACAUUCAUUUCGCUCGUUCAGCAGCGGCUUGUCGAGCUUUCGUAAACUAGUUCAGAUGUGGACAUUUCACUAAAUGUUACAAUAAAAUGUAAUCAUCUUUCCUUGUU